ACGGAACUUUAAGAUGGAGAUGAAGUGUUUAACUUUAAAGGAUUUGCUUAGUGUGAGGACGCUAGUGAAUAAGACAGGCUCAGGUGAUACUGGCAACAUAAAUGACCAAAAAGAGAACAUCUGCAUGGACAGAAGGAAAAUGACCCCACUGAAGUGUGAGUCUGUGAACGGACAUAGGAGAGUUUCCAGCCCAGAUAUCACCCAUAUAACCCCCAUCAAACACACAGAGAGGGUCCAUCCGGACCCCUGGACCCCAACAGCCAACCUGAAAAUGCUGAUCAGCGCCGCCAGCCCAGAUAUCCGCGACAGAGAGAUGAAGAAAACCCUCUUCAGACCCAUUGAAAAUGAAGAGAAGGCUAUAGAGGAGGAUGAAGAGGAAGAACUCGACGACUCGAGUCAGUAUGAAGAGGUAGACGAUUCUGAGAGGAGACCCAGCCGUAAACAGAAGAGUUUGGGGCUUUUGUGUCAGAAAUUUCUGGCCUUGUACCCUGAUUACCCAGAAACCUCUGAAAGCAUCAAUAUUUCUCUGGAUGAGGUGGCCACACGCUUGGGUGUUGAGAGGCGACGUAUCUACGACAUUGUGAACGUGCUGGAGUCUCUGAUGCUGGUGAGCAGAAUGGCUAAGAACCUGUAUGUGUGGCACGGACGCUCAGCUCUGCCACUGACCCUGCAGGAUCUCCAUCAGGCGGGUCGUGAGCAGGGCUACCAUCUGCAGAUGGACCAGAGAGAAGGAAGUUGCCCGUGUGCUGCCCACCACAUGCAAAACACGCACGCGGCCUCCAGCAGACGAAAGGAUAAAUCGCUUCGUAUCAUGAGCCAGAAGUUUGUCAUGCUGUUUCUGGUGUCCAAAACACGGACCGUUACCCUCGAUACGGCUGCUAAGAUUUUGAUCGAAGAGGGCCAGGAUGAGUCCAGCCACAGCAAGUAUAAAACUAAGGUGCGACGUUUGUAUGAUAUCGCUAAUGUCCUGACCAGCCUGAAUCUGAUCAAGAAACUUCAAGUACGAGAGGAAAAGAGUCGUAAACCUGUCUUCAAAUGGAUCGGACCCACUGAUUUCCGCAGCAGCAGCGAUUCAGACGAUUUGAGAGUCUCAGCAGCUCAGAUCAGCACCACCGGGGAACGACGGGAGAAGAUGACGCGUCACUCCUCCUUUCAGGUCAUUCCUGCACCUCCUAUCAAUCAAAGGCGGAUAAGCUCCGCCCCCAGCACACCUCACAGACCUUCUACAGACGAGCCGGUGGAUUAUUCUAGGAAGAGUGUGAACACCAGCUCAGUGUGUCGACUGCGGUUUGGAGACAGUGUUCAGCCCAGUGGAAGUCCUGUAGUGUCACUAGCAGUCCCUCUUCAGGCUGAUGUGCCGCAUGCAUCACUGCCCGUUUCUGCCCAGUUCGCUCCUCACACGUUAGCGUACCUGCCCGGUCUGCCACAAACACCCCUGCUCAUGGUGUACAGCGGACACGUGCCAGACGCCGUCACCCAGAGGUCACCCGUCUCAGGCCACAGGGAGGCACAUCUGAAGAAGAGAGAGAGACAAGAGGAAGAGGAUGAUGAUCAGGCAGCUAAACAAAGCAAACGCUCUGCUUCCAUAGAAAGUCAAAUGGGCGAGACUGAGAGUCUGAGCUCCAGCGCUAGAAGGUCUCCAAUCUGCUCUCGAGAAGGUUCCCCGUGGGACGAGGCCUCGUUUGGGCCGAUGAAUGAGGAAGAUGCGGGAGCACCCAGCCCUAAAGACCCCCUGCUGUCCUCUCAUUACCUCUAUGUUCCCAACACAGCAGGUCUGAACGCUUUGAACUUCCUCAUGCCAGCGGGACACACACAGGGUGACGUGCCAGCUGUAGCUAUGCCGUAUUUUUUGGUGCAUUCGCCACUCAUAGCGGGUGCAACGCCCACCUCUGGCACAGAGGGGGCUGCCAGCAGUGGUCUGAGUUUCAGCGUGCCCACCGUGUUGUCACAGGCUCAUUUUGUGAUGGCAGGAGGAGCGUUUGGUGUGGCCGAAACACUGAACAGCCCUGAGCAUCAUGGGCACAGAUUACCAGCAGCCACACUCUCGCCACAGGGACCACAAGCACAAGAAAGCCCUCAGCCAGCGCAAACACAGACUCCUGUGACACCAAAGGAAGCGGCAGUGGGGUCCAAAUCUUUCUUCGAGACGCCUGGAGCUUUUGGGUCUCUCAGCACACCACCGGCGGCACACAAAAGAGGCUCUGCCCAGAGGAGGCUGAACAUCGGACACGCCUCAGCCAAUUAAACUAGCCGCUGCAUUUGUGUCAUUAUGUUUUCAUGCUUCUGUGGUGCUACAGUGCCAAAGACAGAAACAGCAUUACACCGCAAAAUUUGACUUGAAAUAAUUCUCAUAAAAUUAACAUUUCCUGUUUAGUAACUAGUGAACAUCAGAAUAAGAGGGCAGAUACUAGUGUGAGAGGCUAAAAUCAACAAUCCAGCUUUAGCACUACGUAUUUAAAAAUAA